AUGUUUGAAGGUGUUCCACAGGGUGAUGCCAUGAUGCUAAAGGCUAUAUGCCAUAAUUGGUCGGAUGAAAAAGCCAUAGAAAUUUUAAGCAAUUGUUACAAAGCUUUGCCAGCAAAGGGGAAGGUCAUUGUUGAGGAUUUCAUACUGCAAGAAGAUCCGGAACCUACAAAUGAUUAUAAAGUGGUUUUAAUUCUUGAUAACAUCAUGUUUAUUACACCUGGUGGAAGGGAAAGAACUGAGAAACAAUUUGAGAGUUUGGGCAAGCGUUCUGGAUUUUCUAGGUUUCAAGUUGUCUGUCGAGCUUUCUCUACUAUGGCAGUGAUGGAAUUUUAUAAGUAAAUCAUAUCAGCAAUAAUUUGGCAUUUCAACAAGAGCACAUCAAUUUUUCAAAUAAGUAAA